UGAUGUAAUAACGGGGAAAAUCCCUGUGUGAAAGGCCCUGAAACUGACGGGCUGGGAAACGCUGAUUUCCCGUGGGCAGGAACGCUUGUCUAAUCGCGACGGCUCUGCACGGCUCCUGCCCAGGUAUGAAGUGCAGCGGCUUGCACCAGUGCGAGGGCGGAGACGCACUGUUUGCCCGACUGCUUGGGGUGUGUCAGGGGUUCUGCUUAGAACUCGCACAAUUCUGAACGGAGGAGGAGAAAGUCCAGUUGCUGAAGGGCAGAAUUUCCAUGCGCCCGCAGCCUCCAAAUCCAGACACCCCCAAAAUCACCUCUGACAAAAUUCUGGGGACGCUGGGUACCCUGAAUCACCAUGGGCAAUGAGAACAGCACCUUGGACAACCAGCAGGAGGACGCCGGCUUGCAUAACGUCAUCCUGUGGCCUCCAAACCCUGAGCCCCCACAGAGGACUUCAUCAGCUCAGACUCCAAGGUCCACACAGCCACCGGGGAACAGUCAGAAUAUAAAAAGGAAGCAGCAGGACACGCCUGGAAACCCUGACCACAGAGACGCAUCCAGGGUUGGCAGCAUUGGGCUUGGAGGCUUCUGCACUGCUUCUGAGAGUUCUGCCAGCCUGGAUCCAUGCCUUGUGUCCCCAGAGGUGACUGAACCAAGGAAGGACCCACAGAGAGCCAGGGGGCCAGAAGGUUCUUUACUGUCCAGCCCACCACCACCCCAGGAGCGAGAGCACCCCUCGUCCUCCAUGCCCUUUGCCGAGUGUCCCCCAGAAGGUUGCUUGGCAAGUCCAGCGGCGACACCUGAAGAUGGUCCUCAGACUCAGUCCCCCAGGAGGGAACCUGCCCCAAAUGCCCCGGGGGAGGUCACAGCAGCAUUUCCCGCUGAGAGGGACAGCUCUACUCAAGACCAAGAGGUUGCUGCCAUCCCCAGUGCUGGAAGAGAGAGAGAACCGAAGGAAGAGAGACAGAAAUCCUCCUUCUCCUUCUCCAGUGGCACUGACCAGUCACCUGGAAUGUCACCAGUAUCCCUCACAGAGCCAGUGAAGGCACUGCUGUGUGGAGAGGGGGACCUGUGUGGAGAGGGGGACCAGCCUGGUGGUUUAGAGUCCCAGGGGAAAGAGGUUGCAGGUGGCUUCCCCCCUGCAGAGUCCAGGCAGGGGGUGGCUUCUGUGCAAGUGGCCCCUGAGGCCCCUGCUGCAGCCCAGCUGGGCACAGAAAGCUCAACUGUCUUGGAGAAGUCCCCGCUAAAACCCGAGGCCCUGAUCCCACAAGAUCCAGCCCCAACAGCCUCAGACAGAGUAACAGGCCAAGGGGAGGUGCCACCUCAGUAUUUAACAGAUGACUUGGAAUUCCUCAGGGCCUGCCAUCUCCCUAGGAGCAAUUCAGGGGCUGUCCCAGAAGCAGAAGUGAAUGCCACUUCCCAGGAGAGCUGCCAGCAGCCAGUGGGAGCACAUCUGCCACACACAGAGUUGCCCCGGGGCUCGCCAAGUCCUGCCCUGGUGCCAGGGGCUGGGGGCUCUGGGAAAGAGGCUUUGGACACCAGUGAUGUUCAGGGUCACCCACAGAUAGGGAUGCAAGGAACCGAGCCCGGUCAAGUUGUCUGUGUGGCAGCAGGUGGCCGACCUGAAGGGGGUUUGCUUGUGAGCCCUGAACCCUCCCUGCUCACUCUGACUGAGGAAGCACAUCCAGCUUCAAGCCUCGCUUCACUCCCAGCUGCUCAGAUUCCUAUUGCCAUAGAAGGACCUGGAUCACUGUCCAGGGAAUCAGUUUCCAAGGCCGGGCUGCCAGUUUCUGCAGAUGCAGCCAAAGAGGUGGUGGAUGCAGGGUUGGUGGGACUGGAGAGGCAAGCAUCAGAUCUUGGAAGCAAGGGAGAGCAUCCAGAAGGGAGCCCUGGAGAGGUUCCUGCCCCAUCACCCCAGGAAAGGGGAGAACACUCGAACAUGGAGCAAAGCCAUGCAGUCCAACAAGGAGUACCACCCCCUCCUCUUCCCAAUGCACCAAGUGAAAGUGCCAGAGGGCCACUGGGGCCAAGGGAUGGAGCCAAGGCCCAUGAAGAUGCCACAAGCCCAGCCGUGGCUAAAGAAGGAAGCAGAUCACCUGGUGACAGCCCUGGAGGAAAGGAGGAAGCCCCAGAGCCGCCUGACGGUGGAGACCCAGGGAACCUGCAAGGAGAGGACUCUGAGGCUUUCAGCAGCAAGUGUGAUCUGGAAGUAGGCAAAGAUGAGCUUUCAAAGCCAAGCAGUGAUGCAGAGAGCAGAGACCAUCCCAGCUCACACUCAGCACAGACACCCAGAAAGGGGGGUGCUGGGCACACGGAUGGGCCCCACUCCCAGACAGCAGAGGCCGAUGCAUCUGGCCUACCACACAAGCUGGGUGAGGAGGACCCUGUUCUGCCCCCUGUGCCAGAUGGAGCUGGUGAGCCCACUGUUCCCGAAGGAGCCAUCUGGGAGGGGUCAGGAUUACAGCCCAAAUGUCCUGCCACCCUUCAGAACAGGGAAGGAUUGGGAAGAAUGGAGCCUUUCCUGACUUUAGAACCAGAAAAAUCAGAUUUUCUGCCAACUCCUGUUGCAGAGGUUGCACCCAAAGCCCAGGAAGGUGAGAGCACAUUGGAAAUAAGGAAGAUGGGCAGCUGUGAUGGGGAGGGCUUGCUGACAUCCCCAGAUCAACCCCAUGGGCCGGGGUGUGAUGCAUCGAAACAGGAAUUUCAUGCUGGGGUGCCACAUCCCCCCAAGGGGGAGAACUUGGUAGCAGACUUGGGACUCACGGCGCUCAUCCUGGACCAAGAUCAGCAGGGAAUCCCGUCCUGUCAUAGGGAAGGCUGGAUAAGAGGAGCUGCAUCCGAAUGGCCCCUACUAUCUUCUGAGAAGCAUCUCCAGCCAUCCCAGGCAGACCCAGAGGCAUCAAUCUCUGACGUGCUCAAGGAGCAGGCCCAGCCACCUGAAAAUGGGAAGGAGACUUCUCCAAGCCAUCCAGGUUUUAAGGACCAGGGAGCAGAUUCUUCCCAAAUCCAUGUACCUGUGGAACCUCAGGAAGAUAUGAACUUGCCCACUCAUGGAGGACAGGAGCAGGCUUUGGGAUCGGAACUUCAAAGUGGACUCCCCAAAGGCACCCUGUCUGAUACUCCAACUUCAUCCCCCACUGACACGCUUUGGGAGAGUUCUCCAACAGAAGAUUCAGAACUGUCAGCACCAAUGAGACAGAAGUUGCCUGUACUAGGGGAGAAGCGGCCAGAGGGAGCAUGUGGUGAUGGUCAGUCCUCAAGGGUCUCACCUCCAGCAGCAGAUGUCUUAAAAGACUUUUCUCUUGCAGGGAACUUGAGCAGAAAGGAAACUUGCUGCACUGGGCAGGGGCCAAAUAAGUCUCAACAGGCAUUGACUGAUGCCUUAGAAGAAGGCCGCCAGCAAGAAGAAGCAUGUCAAAGGGAUGCAGGAGCUUCUGAAGCAGCUGAUGGUUGUUCCUCACUCUGGGGCUUGAGUAAGAGGGAGGUGGCAAGUGGAAACACAGGGGAGGCCCCAUCUUGUCAGCCUGACUCAGUAGCUCUCCUGGAUGCAGUUCCCUGCCUGCCAGCCCUGGUGCCUGCCAGUCCCGGAGUCACACCCACCCAGGAUGCCCCAGAGACAGAGGGAUGUGAUGAAACCCAGGAAGACAGGCAGCAACCAGUGCCGGCCCCGCAGCAGAAAAUGGAGUGCCCGAUCACUUGGGAUGCAGAGGCCCCAGAGCUGCUUGCAAGUUUCCCAUCAGCUGGGGAGCAAGGUGGUGAAGUGGGGACUGCUGAGACUGGUGGCAGCACCAAUGCAGGAGACUCAGGAAAGCAGCAGGCUCCAGAGAAACCCGGAGAAGCUACUUUGAGAGAUGGCUUCCUUCAGACUGAGCACUACCUUACCUCCGGGGAGGAAACUUCUACCUCUGCCCUACGUGAGCCCUGCCAAGCUAAGCAGCCCACGGCCAGCUGCCAGGAUGCCUUGCUGCUAGCCAGAGAGCUGGAUGAGAUUCCCAGGAGCACCAUGGAUAUUUCUACACACCAGGCUGUCCCAGACCCAAAGGAGUUCCUGCUGUCUGGGCCACCAGAAGUGGCUGCUCCGGACACCCCUUACCUGCAUAUCGACAGUGCUGCCCAGAAAGGAGCAGAAGACAGUGGAGUGAAAGCUGUUUCCUCUGCAGGCCCCAGAGCUCCUGGUGAAAGCCCCUGUCCUGUAGGGGAGCCCCCGCUUGCCUUGGAAAAUGCUGUCUCCUUGAAGCUGUCUGCUGGCUCCCUCGCCCCCCUCUUGCAACCAGGAGCUGAAGGUGGGGAAAUCUCUGCAGUGCAAGCCAGCAGUGGCAGCCCCAAAGCCAGAACCACUGAGGGACCUGUGGACUCCAUGCCAUGCCUGGACCGGAUGCCACUUCCGGCCAAGGGCAAGCAGGCAACAGGGGAAGAGAAAGAAGCAACAGCUCUGGGUGCAGGUGCCAAGGCCAGCGAGGAGAGCUUGGCAGGUGAUGCAGCAGGAGAGACAGAGGGCAGCAUGGAGAGGAUGGGAGAGCCUUCCCAGGACCCAAGGCAGGGCACAUCAGGUGGUGUGGACACAAGCUCCGAGCAAAUCGCCACCCUCGUUGGCUUCCCAGACUUCAGGGAGCACAUUGCCAAGAUCUUCGAGAAGCCUGUACUCGGAGCUGUGACCAAACCUGGAGAAAAGGUAGGAGCUGGGAUGAAUGCAGUGGGUAAAGACCUCACCAGGCCAUUGGGCCCAGAGAAGCUUCUAGAUGGGCCUCCAGGAGUGGAUGUCACCCCUCUCCCUGUACCUCCUGCUCGACUCCAGGUGGAGAAGAAGCAAGAGUUGGCUGGAGAGGCUGAGAUUUCCCAUCAGGCUCUGCAGGAUCCAGCUUCAGACAAGGUUCCGGGUCCAGCAGGGCUGACCUGGGAGCAGAACUUGCCAGGUGCCGGUGUGGGGAAGGAGAUGGCAGGUGUCCCACCCACACUGAGGGAAGAUGAGAAGCCAGAGGGACCUGGGGCAGCCUGGCCAGGCCUGGAAGGCCAGGCUCACUCACAGCCGGAGAGGAGCAGGCAGGAAUUAGCUUCAGGUCUUCCUUCACCAGCAGCUACUCAGGAGCUCCCUGUGGAGAGAGCCGCUGCCUUCCAGGUGGCUCCCCAUAGCCAUGGAGAAGAGGCCGUGGCCCAAGACAGAAUUCCUUCUGGAAAGCAGCACCAGGAAACAUCUGCCUGCGACAGUCCACACGGAGAAGGUGGUCCCGGGGACUUUGCUCACACAGGGGUUCCAGGACAUGUGCCAAGGUCCACCUGUGCCCUGGAAGCCCCUUCUCCCCAGGGGGAGGUUUCGACUGUGCCUGAGGCCAACAGUGAGCCCAGGACCCUUGACACGCUUGGGGGUGAAAGGAGGCCCGGAGUCACUGCUGGCAUUUUGGAAAUGCAAAAUGCCCUGAGCAACCAGAGCAUCCCUGCACCACCAACUGGAGAAGUGGCAGACACUCCCCUGGAGCCUGGCAAGGUGGCAGGCGCUGCUCGGGAAGCAGAGGGUGACAUCACCCUGAGCACAGCUGAGACACAGGCAUGUGCGUCCGGGGACCUGCCUGAAGCAGGUACUACGAGGGCGUUCUCCAUUGUGGCUGAUGACUUGGCACUGCCAGGAAGCUGUCAGGACGCAGCCUGCUCUGACAAGGCUCAGGGGAUGGAGGGUACAGCUGCCCUUCAUGGGGACAACCCAGCCAGGCCCCAGCAGGCUGAGGAGCAGCCAGGGCCUGAGUGCCCCGUUCCAGCUGGGGACGGGAAGGUGCACGUCUCCUCACCUCCAGAACCUGAUGAAACUCGUGACCCAAAGCUGCAACAUUUGGCUCCAGAAGAGCUCCACGCUGACAGAGAGAGCCCCAGGCCUGGCCCAUGCAUCUUACUUUCGGUUCCUAAGAAGGAUGCUCCAAGAGUCAUGGAUAAAGUUACUUCAGAUGAGACCAGAGGUGCAGAAGGAACAGAAAGUUCACCUGUGGCAGAUGAUGUCAUCCAGCCAGCUGCCCCCACAGACCUGGAAAGCCCAUCCUUAGCUGCCCCUUCCUACCAUGGCGAUGUUGUUGGCCAGGUCUCUACGGAUCUGACAGCCCAGAGCAUCUCCCCAGCUGCUGCCCGUGCGGGUCUUGCUCCCUCGGCUGCAGAACACACAACUUCGCCUUCUGCCCCAACUGGUGACGGAGUAGAAGCUUCUACUCCCUCCUGCCCAGAUCCGGCCAAGGACCUCAGCAGGAUCAGUCAUGAGGAAGCUCUGAAGGACUGUAACUUGUCAGCUGACGUGAGCGGCCAUGGAGUUAUUCUCAUUCCUGACACUUCUCAGCACCUGGCUGAGGCACCCCCAUCCUGGUCCUUGGGUACCUGCCUGAGAAACCAUACUUGUAAUCAGAAGGACACUUGGAGUUCCGAUUCUGAAGAGGCAUUUGAGACCCCGGAGUCAACGACCCCUGUCAAAGCUCCGCCAGCUCCACCCCCACCACCCCCCGAAGUCAUCCCAGAACCCGAGGUCAGCGCACAGCCACCCCCGGAAGAACCAGGAUGUGGUUCUGAGACAGUCCCUGUCCCUGAUGGCCCACGGAGCGACUCAGUGGAAGGAAGUCCCUUCCGCCCCCCGUCACACUCCUUCUCUGCCGUCUUCGAUGAAGACAAGCCGAUAGCCAGCAGCGGGACUUACAACUUGGAUUUUGACAACAUUGAGCUUGUGGAUACCUUUCAGACCUUGGAACCUCGUGCCUCAGACGGUAAGAAUCAGGAGGGCAAAGUGAACACACGGAGGAAGUCCACGGAUUCCGUCCCCAUCUCUAAGUCUACGCUGUCCCGGUCGCUCAGCCUGCAAGCCAGUGACUUUGAUGGUGCUUCUUCCUCAGGUAAUCCUGAGGCCGUGGCCCUCGCCCCAGAUGCAUAUAGCACGGGUUCCAGCAGUGCUUCCAGUACCCUUAAGCGAACUAAAAAACCAAGGCCGCCUUCCUUAAAAAAGAAACAGACCACCAAGAAACCCACAGAGACCCCCCCAGUGAAGGAGACGCAACAGGAACCAGAUGAAGAGAGCCUCGUCCCCAGUGGGGAGAAUCUAGCAUCUGAGACGAAAACAGAAUCUGCCAAGACGGAAGGUCCUGGCCCAGCCUUACUGGAGGAGACGCCCCUUGAGCCUGCUGCAGGGCCCAAAGCUGCCUGCCCUCUGGACUCAGAGAGCGCAGAAGGGGCUGUCCCCCCAGCUUCUGGAGGUGGCAGAGUGCAGAGCUCACCCCCUGUCGGGAGGAAAACGCUGCCUCUUACCACGGCCCCGGAGGCAGGGGAGGUGACCCCAUCAGAUAGCGGGGGGCAAGAGGACUCUCCAGCCAAAGGGCUCUCCGUAAGGCUGGAGUUUGACUAUUCUGAGGACAAGUGUAGUUGGGACAACCAGCAGGAAAACCCCCCUCCUACCAAAAAGAUAGGCAAAAAGCCAGUUGCCAAAAUGCCCCUGAGGAGGCCAAAGAUGAAAAAGACACCCGAGAAACUUGACAACACUCCUGCCUCACCUCCCAGAUCCCCUGCUGAACCCAAUGACAUCCCCAUUGCUAAAGGUACUUACACCUUUGAUAUUGACAAGUGGGAUGACCCCAAUUUUAACCCCUUUUCUUCCACCUCAAAAAUGCAGGAGUCUCCCAAACUGCCCCAACAAUCAUACAGCUUUGACCCAGACACCUGUGACGAGUCCGUUGACCCCUUUAAGACAUCCUCUAAGACCCCCAGCUCACCUUCUAAAUCCCCAGCCUCCUUUGAGAUCCCAGCCAGUGCUAUCGAAGCCAAUGGAGUGGACGGGGAUGGGCUAAACAAGCCCGCCAAGAAGAAGAAGACGCCCCUAAAGACGAUGGUUGAAGAUGUGAUGUCUGUGUGUUCUCUGUUUGACACAUUUAGGGUGAAAAAGUCGCCAAAACGGUCUCCUCUCUCUGAUCCACCUUCCCAGGACCCCACCCCAGCUGCUACACCAGAAACACCACCAGUGAUCUCUGCGGUGGUCCACGCCACAGAUGAGGAAAAGCUGGCGGUCACCAACCAGAAGUGGACGUGCAUGACGGUGGACCUGGAGGCUGACAAACAGGACUACCCGCAACCCUCGGACCUGUCCACCUUUGUAAACGAGACCAAAUUCAGUUCACCCACUGAGGAGUUGGAUUACAGAAACUCCUAUGAAAUUGAAUAUAUGGAAAAAAUUGGCUCCUCCUUACCUCAGGACGAUGACGCCCCGAAGAAGCAGGCCUUGUACCUUAUGUUUGACACUUCUCAGGAGAGCCCUGUCAAGUCAACUCCCGUCCGCAUGUCAGAGUCCCCGACGCCGUGUUCAGGGUCAAGUUUUGAAGAGACUGAAGCCCUUGUGAACGCUGCUACAAAAGCCCAGCAUCCUGUCCCACGAGGACUGGCCCCUAACCAAGAGCCACACUUGCAGGUGUCGGAGAAAUCCUCCCAGAAGGAGCUGGAGGCCAUGGGCUUGGGCACCCCUUCAGAGGCGAUUGAAAUUACAGCUCCCGAGGGCUCCUUUGCCUCUGCUGACGCCCUCCUCAGCAGGCUAGCUCACCCCGCCUCUCUCUGUGGUGCACUUGACUAUCUGGAGCCCGACUUAGCAGAAAAGAACCCCCCACUAUUCGCUCAGAAACUUCAGGAGGAGUUAGAGUUUGCCAUCAUGCGGAUAGAAGCCCUGAAGCUGGCCAGGCAGAUUGCUUUGGCUUCCCGCAGCCACCAGGAUGCCAAGAGAGAGGCUGCUCACCCAACAGACGUCUCCAUCUCCAAAACAGCCUUGUACUCCCGCAUUGGGACCGCCGAGGUGGAGAAACCUGCAGGCCUUCUGUUCCAGCAGCCCGACCUGGACUCUGCCCUCCAGAUUGCCAGAGCAGAGAUCAUAACCAAGGAGAGAGAGGUCUCAGAAUGGAAAGAUAAAUACGAAGAAAGCAGGCGGGAAGUGAUGGAAAUGAGGAAAAUAGUGGCCGAGUAUGAGAAGACCAUCGCUCAGAUGAUAGGCAAGCCUGAGGACGAACAGAGGGAGAAGUCAGUCUCCCACCAGACGGUGCAGCAGCUGGUUCUGGAGAAGGAGCAAGCCCUGGCUGACCUGAACUCCGUGGAGAAGUCUCUGGCCGACCUCUUCAGGAGAUAUGAGAAGAUGAAGGAGGUCCUGGAAGGCUUCCGCAAGAAUGAAGAGGUGCUGAAGAGGUGUGCACAGGAGUACCUGUCCCGAGUGAAGAAGGAGGAGCAGAGGUACCAGGCCCUGAAGGUGCAUGCAGAGGAGAAACUGGACAGGGCCAAUGCUGAGAUUGCUCAGGUUCGAGGCAAGGCCCAGCAGGAGCAAGCCGCCCACCAGGCCAGCCUACGGAAGGAGCAGCUGCGAGUGGAUGCCCUGGAAAGGACGCUGGAGCAGAAGAACAAAGAAAUAGAAGAACUCACCAAGAUUUGUGAUGAACUGAUUGCCAAAAUGGGGAAGAGCUAACUCUGAACCGAAUGUUUUGGACUUAACUGUUGCGUGCAAUAUGACCGUCGGCACACUGCUGUUCCUCCAGUUCCAUGGACAGGUUCUGUUUUCACUUUUUCGUAUGCACUACUGUAUUUCCUUUCUAAAUAAAGUUGAUUUGAUUGUAUGCAGUACUAAGGAGACUAUCAGAAUUUCUUGCUAUUGGUUUGCAUUUUCCUAGUAUAAUUCAUAGCAAGUUGACCUCAGAGUUCCUGUAUCAGGGAGAUUGUCUGAUCCUCUAAUAAAAGACACAUUGCUGACCUUGGCCUUGCCCUUUGUACACAAGUUCCCAGGGUGAGCAGCUUUUGGAUUUAAUAUGAACAUGUACAGCGUGCGUAGGGACUCUUGCCUUAAGGAGUGUAAACUUGAUCUGCAUUUGCUGAUUUGUUUUUUAAAACACAAGAAAUGCAUGUUUCAAAGAAAAUUCUCUAUUGUAAAUAAAUUUUUUUCUUUGGAUCUUGGCAAUAAAUAUGUCUCGAAUUUA